GAGAAUCAAAGCUUGUAGAAAAGAACAGAUAAAUCUUACUUCAAGCUCUGUUAGGAAAAGAUUGUAUUCAAUUAAGAUGAAAAAGAAUGAAAAGGUCAAUGAUUUCUGUGAAAGAUUUGACCAAAUCAUUAGAGAAUAUGAAUCUUGUGGAGAUGGGGAACAACUAACUGAGCAAGAAAUUAGAUCUGCGUUCUGUCAAGCUAUAACCCCAAUAAACCCUCAAUUAAUGUCCGCAGAUUUCAUUAAAAGGUCUCAUUCAAAAGAGAUGACAAUAAAUGAAAUGAAGUCUUUAAUUCUACAGCUAGAAGCCGAGAAAAAGACCAACGACGGAGAAGAGACAAUUAAGGCUCAGACUGCAAAGUUUGACGGCAAGAAGAACUGCCAUAGAUGUGCCAAACCUGGACAUAGAAUUGAAAAUUGUCCCCUGUCAAAAGAUUUGUGGUUCUGCUACUACUGUCAGGAGAUAAGAUCUCAUAAGGGUUCAGAGUGCAAGGAUGGCAGGAUCAAAAAAAACUCUGUUGAUCGCAAGAAGUAGCGCAGUGGAAGCUGGACGUGGGAAAAUGGAGGGAGUGUUAAGAAGACACGAAUUUACCCAAGUCCGCUGAGAUCUAUUUUUUUAUAUAUCUAGAUUAUUAUUAUUAUGGCUAGUGAGUUGGCGUCGGUCUGCGCGCCGCUCGACGGCGCAUACGACUCCUCUCCCCUUUUACUCUCUAUACUUUACUUUAUAUCUUGUACUCUUGGCGGUACUACGUGCAGCCACGUGCA